AUGCAAAUAGCCCAAGCCGGGGCGGGGGGAAACAGCAUCACUGCGGGUCCUGGAAACUACCAGCUGCUCCUCCUCCUCCUCCAGAUGAGUGGCAUGUUCGAGACCUGGCUGGGCAGCCUGGUGUCUGCUCUCCAGGAGAGGGAGAAGGAUGCCAACGUGGUGGUGGUGGACUGGCUGCCCCUGGCCCACCAGCUCUACACCGACGCCGUCAACAACACGCGGGUGGUCGGGAAGAGCAUCGGGAGGCUGCUGGACUGGCUGCAGGUGAGGCAGGGGAACCCAAACUUCAAGCUUGAGAAUGUCCACCUGAUUGGGUACAGCCUUGGUGCCCACGUCGCUGGCUUUGCUGGUAACCACGUCCGUGGGACAAUAGGCAGAAUUACAGGCUUGGAUCCAGCUGGCCCCAUGUUUGAAGGAGUGGACCCCAGCAGGCGCCUGUCCCCCGAUGAUGCCAGCUUUGUGGAUGUCCUUCACACCUACACAAGGGAAACCCUUGGUGUUAGCAUUGGGAUCCAGAUGCCUGUAGGCCACCUUGACAUCUACCCCAACGGGGGAGACUUCCAGCCUGGCUGUGGCCUAAGUGAUGUCUUGGGAGCAAUUGCCUAUGGGACCAUCGGUGAAGUUGUGAAGUGUGAACACGAGCGCUCCGUGCACCUCUUCGUGGACUCGCUGGUGAACCAAGACAAGCAGAGCUUCGCCUUCCAGUGCACGGAUUCCAGCCGCUUCAAGAAAGAGAGUCGCAUCUGGAAGAGCAGACGCUCCAAAGUCAACGCUGGGGAAGUCUACCAUUAUCAGAUGAAGAUGCAUGUCUUCAGCUACAGCAGUCUGGGAGAGGCUGACCCCACUUUCUCUGUCACCCUUCAUGGCACCAAUGGAGACUCUGAACCUCUCUCUUUAGAAAUGCUUGAUCAAAUCGGCCUGAAUGCCACGAGCACCUUCCUGGUCUAUACAGAAGAGGACAUGGGUGAACUUUUAAAAAUCAAACUCACCUGGGAGGGAACAUCUCAGUCCUGGUAUGAUCUGUGGAAGGAGCUGAAGAGCUACUGGUAUCGACCUGCCAAGGCUCCCCAGGAGCUCCACAUCAGACGUAUCCGUGUGAAAUCUGGGGAGACACAGCAGAGGUUUGCCUUCUGUGUGGAGGAUUCCCAGCUAACCAGCAUAUCUCCUGGUAAAGAGCUCUGGUUUGUGAAGUGCCCAGAGGAAUGGCAUAAAAGACCUGUCUCAAACUCCCUCUGAAGACUUCUCUGAGGGUUCACAACUGAGCAACCUGAGAUACAUGAAGACUGCACGGCUGGCGAGAUGCUCUGGCAUGAAAUCUGGCUUGGUAGCACUUAAAGCAAGUGGCUCUUCAGGACAAAACAUCUUGGAUCAGAUGCAAGAAACUGAGGAGCAAUCAUGAACUGU